CGACUCGUGCGCGUUUUUCGAUGUCAAGCCGCAGGUGUAACUAGUGCGAGAAAUAGUUGAUCUAAAGCAAACAAAGAAACAAGACAUCGAGGAUUUAUUACUUCGCUUGCCGCGUUAAGAUGGUCAAUUGCCGGCGGAAUAUUGCAGUUUUCGUCGGCGUUGUUUGUUUGGCUGAAAUCUGUUUGUCGCUCUCAGUACUGACACUGCAGAGCAACGAGACCCUGCUGGAGGUCGAGCACGGAUGGGGGGCAUGGGGCAAGUGGGAGCCUUGUAGUAGAAGUUGUGGUGGUGGCGUGACGUUUAUGCAACGCUCUUGUUUGUUCACAAGAUCUAACGGGCUACCCGACUGUAUUGGGCAAAGCAGAAAAUACAGCUCGUGCUUUAUACAGGAUUGUCCUGAUGGUUCUAUAGAUUUCCGGUCGGAACAAUGCUCGAAUUUUAACAACCGAAGUUUCGAUGGAAGGCGACAUACAUGGAGACCAUACGUUGGAAGUUCGGUUUCAAAUCCAUGCGAGCUCCACUGUCAACCAGAAGAAGAAAGUUUCUUCAUGAAACUUGCUGAUAAAGUGGUUGAUGGCACGAGGUGUGAUGACGUUUCGUUCAACGUCUGCGUGGACGGGGCUUGUCAGGAGGUUGGUUGUGACAUGAUGUUGGGAUCUGGAUUACGCGAAGAUCGAUGUCGUGAGUGUGGGGGGGAUGGUUCAUCUUGUUACCACGCAACCGGGAUAUUUUCAACCUCCGGGUUACGUAAAGGUUACACUGUUGCUGUUGCAAUACCAGCUGGAGCCACAAACAUAGAAAUCUUAGAAAGCUCACCCUCCAGGAAUUAUUUAGCAUUACGAGACGAUUCGGGCAACUACGCACUGAACGGCGGAUGGAAGAUCGAGCGCUCUCGUACACUCCAAGUGGCGGGAACUGUUGUGCAUUACCUUAGACGACCGCGUCGCAUGAGGGCGCCAGAGAAACUAACUGCUCUGGGACCAACUUUGAGGAAAUUGUUUGUAGAUGUGAUCGUGCAAGAGCGAAACAAGGAGAUAUCUUACAGUUAUUAUCUUCCGCAUGGGGUCGCUGGUGCAAUAGCGGAUGUGACGUCAUGGAGAGCUGGAAAUUGGAGCUCGUGUAGCGUAGAAUGCGGGGAAGGUGUUCAAAGAAGGCGGGUGCGUUGCUAUAGAAACGGUAUCCUUGUGAGGUCACAUGUUUGUGACGUGAGGUCAAAGCCCCUCGUUCGUCGUCGAUGUACAUUACCAUGUGUUCCAAGAUGGUUGACCGGAAGUUGGGGUGAAUGCAGUCAACCGUGCAUCGGUGGGGUGAAGACACGUGAUGUCAGAUGCGUUCAAGGCGAAAGGUUAAUAAUCGAUGACGUACAUUGUUCCAACGUCACAGCGAAACCAGCCAAUCAGGAGGCUUGUAUGGAGAUGCCGUGCCCCGAUUGGACAGUGGGAACUUGGUCAGAGUGUUCUGCUGAAUGCGGAAAAGGAAUGCAGAAACGGCGUGUUGUGUGUUCAGUGUUGCACAACGAUGAAAAUGAAGAGGUAUCCGCCCAUCUCUGUAAUGGUGAGAAGCCGCCAACUGUGCAACACUGCUCAAAUUCUGCAUGCGAGGCUUCCUGGUUCUCCGGGAGUUGGACCAGAUGUACGUCAUCAUGUGGCGAGGGAAGACACACACGUCACGUGAUGUGUUUGUCGGAAGUGACGUAUUUGCCUGUAAGAGAUGAAGAUUGUGACGAAACAGGGAAACCCCAUGUUGUGGAACCCUGCAAUCUUGGUUCGUGUCCAGGAACUUCCAUCAUCGAUUGUCACGUCACUGAGUUCGGUUGUUGCCCUGACAACAAAACGCCAUCUAGCGGAGAAGAUAUGCAAGGAUGUCCAAGACGAGGCCAAACCUGCAGGAACACAAGAUAUGGUUGUUGCAAGAAUGGUUAUCACGCUGCUACUGGUCCUAACCAUUAUGGCUGUGCAGAGUAUGAUGUUUGUUACGUCACACCUGAUCGCGGCAGUCUUUGUGACGCAUGGGUGUCGCGAUGGUUCUUUAACCCUUCAACGUCACAAUGCGAACACUUCUGGUAUGGCGGUUGCCAUGGCAACAUGAACAGAUACGUCAGCAAGGCGGAAUGCAAAGCUGUUUGUGACGUCAGCCAGGACAAGGACAAUGUUGCUUCUACUACAACAAGAACAACAACUGUCCCAACAACAAUAAGAACAACAACCGAAUCUACAACAACAACAACAUUAACUACAACAACAACAACAAACGUUCCCACCACAACAAGAAGAACUCUUGUCUUCUUGUCAGACUCUACGUCACAAACUCCACCAGAAGUAAUUUCUCGCUUUCCGCUACAUGUCGCCAAAGAGGCAUUUCAUUCAAACAUUCGAACCCGAGCUCCUGAGACAAUGGAAAGUUUCGCUUCAUCACUACGGAGAUCGAAGCCCGAUCUCUGCUCUCUACCGCCAACACGCGGACCGUGUUUUGGGCGUUUUGAGCGAUGGUUCUACGACCAAUUGGAUCAUUCAUGUAAAAGCUUCGCAUUCGGUGGAUGCGCGGGGAAUGAAAACAACUUUCGAAACAGAAAACUUUGUGAGAACGUUUGCAAAAAUGUGGAAGCAACUACUGCAAGAGAACCUUCGAAAUGCGAAAGGGAUCGAGUUCUCGCUGUUUUCACCGGACGUAGAAGGGUCGGUUGCGAUCCAUCCGGUGCCUACAGCGCCCUCCAGUGUGUGAAUGACGUCACGAGUUCGUCGUGUUGGUGUGUUGACCCAGUUAGUGGUCGAGAAAUAAUUGGAUCGAAACGACAUGGUAUCGCACCGGAUUGUGAAAAUCUAUCAGUGACGUCACGCCCUCCUUGUGACCGAAAAAGUGCGCACUCUAGCGGUGACCAGCCUUGCAAGGAUUACCUACGCAUCCGUUCGAGCCACACAUCGAUACGAGUGAAACUAAACGGCCCGGCCAGGCUACCUUGCCACGCUGAGGGUUUCCCGGAACCUCAUGUUUACUGGUUAAGAAAUGGUAGACGAAUCAACUUUAACAGGACAAGUUCUGAAAUAAGUCAAGACCCGUUCGAUCAUUCGAUUAUCUUCGUGAGCGUUCGUCGUGAAGAUACCGGAAGUUACGUAUGUGUCGCAACAAACGGUGUGUCACGUGAUAUAAGGAAGAAAGUUCGGUUGAUCCUUACUGAUCGUCGAGUUCGUUUCCGUGUGCGACCGACAAACGUCACUGUGACGUCAGGGCGUCAAGUAAAAUUACGUUGUCGAAUUCGAGGAGGUUCGGCAAAGGUUACGUGGUUAAAAAACGGUCGACCGCUCACGAGAGAUAAUCAUUACGUCAUCAAGCCAUGGGGUGAUCUUCGAAUAUAUCGGUCACGGGUUAACGAUUCUGGUAAUUAUACUUGUUUGGUCAACACUGCGGAUCUCAACGCAACGGCAAAAGUUACAGUGUUGCCAAAAGUCACAACGUCACGUAGUCCGAUGACGCAAGCAACAACUGUUGCUACGGUAACCCCGCAAUGUCGGGACUUUCCCCGUUAUGCAAACUGUCGUUUAGUAUCAGCUGCUGGUAUGUGUCGUCACUAUAGCAAGUAUUGUUGCGUCACAUGCUACAAGAGACGAAGAUCGAAGGAUUUUGAAAACCUUUCAUGACCUAGGGGGAUUACCCUAAAGCGUUACCGACAAUGACACUCACUGCUAAUGUUCUUAAUAGUGUUUUUAUAUUUAUGUUAUUUUUGCAGGUUCGCCAGUUCUUUUAUUCUGUUCAAACUUUGUGUUCUCAUCUUAUAUCAUUCAAUAUCUCUCUACCUUUUAUUUAAAGCCACAAAAAUCUCAAAACUCAAUCAGUUUGUUCGCCCGCUAGCGGUUGGUUUUUAUUUUUUUACCAUACUCAAGGUGGCGCCACACACCCGUCGAUAAUCUUCCUAUUCAGCAUAAACUUCGUUUUUUUGUGUUCCCGAUUUGAUUCGUAAAAUAUAAUUUCUAUGAAACUGA